AGCUGCACUACUCUUCCCUGACCCCCGACAGAGACGGAGCUACUUCUCCUGACAGUCGCACAAAAUCAACAUGGACGUCCACAGAGUGUCUAACCACAACCAAAUGGAUUAUAACUUCGACAAUGGGAAAAAUGGGAAAAUGGGGCCGUGCCCGGAGGACCGCUUUGACAGUGGCCUGGAUUCCCUGAAGGAGGACGAGCUGGUGAACGAGUUCGAGGACAUGACCGUGAACGUAAGCGAGGAUCUCACGCAGGAAUACGAGCCCUGGAGAACGGCGGUGACCGAGGAUGGUGACACGCUUCUCCACUUGGCCAUCAUUCAUGAAGCCGAAGACCAUGCCCUCCAGAUGAUCAAACUGUCUCACAAUCACCCCUUCCUCAAUGUACAGAACCACCAGAGACAGACUGCCCUCCACCUGGCAGUGAUCACAGAGCAGCCCCAGUUGGUUGAGAGGCUCCUGAAGGCCGGCUCUGACCCCCGGCUGGCCGACGACAGCGGGAACACGGCUCUGCACAUCGCCUGCAAGAAGGGCUCCCUCGCCUGCUUCGGCGUCAUCACGCAGCACAGCCAACGCCACCUCACCUCCAUCGUGUCCUUCCCCAACUACAAUGGACAUAACUGCCUCCACUUGGCGUCCAUUAACGGCUUCAUUUCAUUGGUGGAAAACCUUGUUCGGCUGGGUGCUGACAUCAAUGCACAGGAACAGUGCAGUGGUCGGACGUCGCUCCACCUCGCCGUGGAUCUCCAGAACCCAACACUGGUCCGUUGCCUACUCGACCUCGGCGCCGACGUUAACUGCUUUAACUAUGGCGGCUUCACGCCGUACCACCUCACCUACGGACGCCAGAACGAGGAGAUCCGUUGCCAGCUGUACGAGAAGACCGCGCAGGAGCUGAGGGAGCUGCCCGAGAGCGAAUCAGAGAGCGAUAUGGAGGAUGUGGACCUGUCAGAGGAUGAGCUAUACGACGACAUAAAGUUCGGAAAGUAAACAGAAGCAUCCCUCUGCUGGUGGAGUGAACGACAGUGAAGCUGCUACUGGGCUGCCCAGCCACAGCCCCACAACGACGGACGAGUCGGUCCACGUCCCCCGUCCAGGUCGAAGUCCACGGGUGCUGGCCCUGGGAUCACAAACAUGAAUGAAGACGGCGUACAGUCUGGUCAAGUCCGGUCCGGAUCACCCAAUGAUCUGCACCAAAAAACCAUAUUACAGCAAGACCACGACCUCCAUAUAGUCUCAUCUAUAUACUGUAUAAAUAUAUAUUGAUUUGUAUAUACCAGACCUUUGUAAUAUAUUGUAAAUACAGAGAUAUUAUUUUUUGUACCUGUACAUAUUUUGUGUGGAUUUAAACACUAUUAACAAAAAAUUGUUUGGAAUAAAAAUAAGUUUAUGAAUAUAAA